AUGUACGACAAGUGUGACCAUAUUGUGCAAGUGUUUGUGACAGGUGACUCGUUCCACGCCCACCCUGUGGCCGUAGUGGUGCCCGAUGCUGAGAUGAUUGUGGCUUGGGCAAAGGAAAACAUCAUCUCUGGUGAUGCCAAGAGUAUCGCUGCCACGCCAGAGUUGAAAGCCAUGCUGGCCUCAGAGAUACAGGACCUGCACAAGGAGUGCAAGCUCAAAGGGUUCAAGAAGCUCAGAGACUUCAUUGUAGAGCCGGAGGCAUUCAGCAUUGACAAUGAAUUGCUCACACCCACCUUCAAGCUGAAGCGAGUGAAUGCGACCAAGAAAUACAAGGAUCAGAUCACAGAGCUAUACGACACCAUUGAAAACCAGCAGUAA